CUCUGAUGUCGUGAUGAGCAUACCAGUGAUCAGUCCAGCGCUAAAAUGGACCAUGGUGAGAAGCUCAGACCUAUAGGACCUUUCCCAGAGGUGAGAUCAGGGUGUCAUUCGUGGUGAUUUCCUAAAGUGUGACAUGGCACAGGCGCGCCGCGCUCACGGCUGGACAGCUGAGGUGUCAUCGAUCUGAUUUGAUCACUGAUAAAUAAAGCGACGAGAAAGGAAACAUCAUGCAUUGCGCUUGAAUUAACGGUAGCGUGAAGAUGGAAGAUCUUCUCUCCGUUUUUCCUUGACGCGAACCGACGGAACAGGAGUUGGGCGGUGGGGAGAGCUGGGCAGGGAACCCACCGGCCAAUGUACCGGUGCAACGGCGGCGUGACAGCGGCCCGGGAGCCGGGAAGUCAGAGGGACAGUACGCGGCGGAGGCGUUGAGAUCCGUUCCUCCUGGUUUUACGCAGCGAGGAACGAUGGGCUGCGCUCCCAGCAUCCACGUCUCGCAGAGCGGGGUGAUCUACUGCCGCGACUCGGACGAGUCCAACUCGCCGCACCAGACCACCACCAUCUCGCAGGGCACGGCGACCACCCUGCACGGCCUUUUUAUCAAGACCGACGCGGCGGACACCAUCCCCUCCGUCAUCGCUUACCAGAGCAGGCACAUACGGACCAACUCCCACCGGGAGCGGACAGAGAACAGCGGCGACCACAUCUGCAUUGAGGCCGAGACUCAGACCAGCAACACCAGCGUCAAGGUGUCUGCUACAGAAGAGCAUCUGGGGCCCAUGCGUCUGAGUCAGGAGCCCAUACAGGUGUUACUGGUGUUCGCUAAAGAGGACAGUCAGAGCGAUGCUUUCUGGUGGGCGUGCGAGCGGGCGGGGUUCAGGUGUAACAUCGCACGAACACCUGAAUCUGCCGUGGAGUGUUUCCUGGAUAAACACCACGAGAUCAUCAUCAUUGACGGGCGGCAUUCACGCUACUUUGAGGCCGAAGCCGUCUGCCGGAUGAUUCGAGCGACCAAGCCUUCAGACCACACAGUCCUUUUAGCAGUGGUGCCACAAACUCCCUCAGAUCAGGAAGAGCCAUCUGUUCUUCCUCUUCUCUCCGCUGGCUUCUCCAGAAUUUACGUAGAGAACAGCAGUGUGUCAGCGUGCUAUAAUGAGUUAAUCCAGUUAGAGCAUGGCGAAGUGCGUGCACAGUUCAAACUGAGGGCUUGUAACUCAGUGUUUACAGCAUUAGAACAGUGUCAGGAAGCCGUGGAGAUAAGCAGUGAAGAUCACAUCAUACAGUAUGUUAAUCCAGCAUUUGAAAAGAUGACGGGCUACCAAAGAGGAGAGCUGAUCGGGAAAGAGUUGACUGAACUGCCCAAGUGUGACAAAAACAGCGCCGACCUGCUGGACACCAUCAACACCUGCAUCAAGAAAGGAAAAGAAUGGCAGGGGAUCUAUUUCUCACGGAAGAAGUCAGGUGACAGUAUUCAGCAAUAUGUCAGAAUCACUCCUGUGAUUGGCCAAGGAGGAAAAAUUCGCCAUUUUGUGUCCAUCAAGAAGCCUUAUAGUGACAACCACAAACAGGUUCAUAAAUUCAGCCGAGAAGAGAAAGUCUGUGAACACUCCCAAUCAGAAUGCAAUUCCAUGCGUCACAAAGACCGGAGGAAAGAAUCUGUGGACGUCAGAUCCAUCAGCUCACACAGCAGUGAUGCUCCCAGUCUACAGAAUUGCAGAUAUUCUUCAAUGGCCCGUAUUCACUCCAUGACUAUUGAAGCUCCAAUCACAAAGGUGAUAAAUAUCAUAAACGCAGCACAGGAGAGCAGUCCCGUGACAGUGGUGGAAGCUCUGGAUCGUGUUUUGGAGAUCUUGAGGACCACUGAACUCUAUUCACCCCAACUGGCCUCAAAAGAGGACGACCCUCACACCAAUGACCUGGUCGGGGGACUCAUGAGUGAUGGACUCAGAAGGUUGUCUGGGAAUGAGUAUGUCUUCUCCAAAAGUGCUUUACACAAUAUGAGUCAGAGUCAGCUGGUAGUGCCUGUCCCUUUAAACGACGUCCCACCCUCAAUCGCAGAGCUGCUGAAUGAGGAAGACCACUGGGAAUUCAACAUCAUGGAGCUGGAAGCAGCCACGCACAAGAGGUCCCUCUCAUAUCUGGGUCUGAAGAUCUUCACUGCUUUUGGUGUGUGUGAGUUUCUGAACUGCACAGAGGCCACCCUGCGCUCAUGGCUACAGGUGAUCGAGGCGAAUUAUCAUGCCUCAAAUUCUUACCACAACUCAACACACGCUGCCGAUGUUCUGCAUGCCACUGCAUACUUCCUGCGCAAGGACAGAGUCAAGGGCAGUCUAGAUCAAUUGGAUGAAGUCGCAGCAUUAUUAGCAGCGACGGUUCAUGACGUUGAUCACCCAGGUCGAACCAACUCGUUCCUGUGCAAUGCAGGGAGUGAACUGGCCAUCCUGUACAACGACACAGCCGUCCUGGAGAGUCAUCACGCCGCUCUCGCAUUCCAGCUUACCGUACGAGACAGCAAGUGUAACAUAUUCAAAAACAUGGAGAGGACUCAGUUUCGAACCCUACGGCAAGCAAUAAUAGACAUGGUGUUGGCCACAGAGAUGACGCGACACUUUGAGCACGUCAACAAGUUUGUAAACAGCAUCAACAAACCCAUGAGUGCCAUUGAGGAGACAAGCUCCAAUAGUGAAGGAAGUGAUUGUGAGGGUCAGGCCAGUAUUCGCAAUUCUCCUGAAAAUCGCCUGUUAAUUAAACGGAUGCUGAUUAAAUGUGCCGAUGUGGCCAAUCCCUGCAGACCUCUUGAGCUCUGUAUCGAAUGGGCAGGACGUAUUUCGGAAGAGUACUUUGCUCAGACUGAUGAGGAGAAAAGACAAGGUUUGCCGGUUGUCAUGCCUGUGUUCGAUCGGAAUACCUGCAGCAUUCCCAAAUCCCAGAUCUCCUUUAUCGACUAUUUCAUCACAGACAUGUUUGAUGCCUGGGAUGCCUUUGCCAGUUUGCCAGGCUUGAUGGAGCACUUGACAGUCAACUACAACUACUGGAAGAACUUGGAUGAGAUGAAGUGUAAAAGCCUGCGACCUCCACCUCCACCGUGACCCUAAUGAACUCUACCAUCCUUGGCUGAAAGGUCAGAAUUAAUGCCUUGAAUGUAGCAUCUCUGCCUGACCUCAAAGAUUCCGUCCACUGAACGCAGAUCAGCAGCCCUGUUUUCCAGACGAUGCUCCACCCCUAGCGACAAUCGCCUCGGUUACAAGGGUAAAAAACAAACGAACGAGGAAUGCACUUUAACCAGUCCUCCUUCAGCAUCUUUAACUCUCUUCUAUUUUUUUUAUAUCUGUCUGUGUCCUUUUGGCUGUUUUUAACUACUAGACAAUGAUUUUUGUAAUUGCAUUGUCUGAAAGAAGAUCAUGACUGAUUUUAGUCCAGUAGAAUACAGUAUAUAUAUAUAUAUAUAUACUAUAUACACUCAACUUUGGGGUAUACAGUGGGACUAAAGACAUUUAUGCUCCGAGAGGUCUGUAACCAAACACAAACCCAUGCACAUUUAUAUAUACUUUAUAAACCGAUAUGAACUCAUGGAUCACAGAUCUGAAUGCCAAAAGGGCUUCAUUUGGAUUCUGAAACAGUUUUCCAUGAUGCCUAAAUGUUGGAUGGCUAAACCCAUUUACAAUUACCCUGCACUGAGAUGUACAGGAGACCAAGUAGUGAACCUUGCGGCACACCACAAUUUUCCUUCAGUACCAGCCCACCUGCUUCUUACUGGUUUGAUAAAAUUGGACAUGGAUGGAAUAUUUUGACUGAAUAUUGUCAACAGAAUUAAAUAUAACACAGAAUAUUUUUAGCAAAACACUGAUAUCAGACACAUACUGUACCAACAUGAAGAGUGUGUGUGUGUGUGUGUGUGUGUGUGUGUGUGUGUGUGUGUGUGUGUGUGUGUGUGUGCGUGUGUGUGUGUGUGUGUGUUUGCUUUGUGAUGAAUGUAUCGACAGACAAGACAAUUUUACACUUUUUUUGAACGUUAGAGUUAACAGUCCUAUUUCACUGUUAGUAUGGACACAACAUUCCCUAAUCAUCAAUGUUAUACUGUGUGUAAACCUUCAUUUCAGAACCUAAACUACAGCUCAGCCUCAUAAUGAGACCACCCAUACACUGACAUUUGCUCAUGUUGAUGGGUGGAUUGCACAAGUGUUAUACCAUUUUUAAGUAUUUAUUAAGGAGCACAGAUGUAUAUUCCUCUGUAAUCUCGGGUCUACUUUUACCUAGACAAUCUGUCAUAGGUUGUCUAUACUGUGUUGGUUAGAAUUAAUCUAUCAUGAAAGGUGUGUUUAUAAUCAAACACAUUGAUGAGUUUUAGGGAAAAAGAACGAUUUUCUCUAUUUGAACGAAACGUGGCUUUGUUUAGAUUUUUUCAAUCCGUCACACUGACCAGUGAGUGUUUGAAAACUGUUCAAAAACGCAAGUGUUUUUACUAAAUCUUGCUGGUAGUGUCAUUUGUUAUUUUUGCGGCUUAUCUUCUAGCACCUAAUUUUUACCGAAUACAAAAAAUGUCCUUUAAGUGAAACAGGCAUAUGGGCGCAUAUCUUAACAGUGUUGGCUCACAGACAGGCUUAGUUUGGAUUUAUUUAAUGUUUAUAUUUGGUUGCAGUUUGGCCAUCUAGUCUUUAUGUCUUGUGUACACUCGUUCUUAAAGAGCCCUUGAGCAGGAUCGUGAGAACGUCACCUUUACAUCAUAAUGACUGUUCUAGAACAUACCAGCCAAACAUCACAAAAACGGAGCGUUCUAGAAUGUUCUGAAACAUCUAAAGAGUUCUUAAGAGUUCUGGGACUGCAUCUCAAAGUUAGAUUUUUGUACUAUGGUCUUGGUCCCGAAUUGGUCUGUUCUUACCAAAAAUCAAAACACUGCCCCAGUGGCCAAAGCAAGGCCUUGUUGGCGGUAUGGGCACGUGUGAGCUCCAUUUUUUGGGUGAAAUGUCCACUGAGGGGCGCCAAAAAUGAGUUGUGAAGCGAGUUGUUUUCAGCUGUACGGGUUUUAAUACAGUAAAGAAAAGGAAAAAUGUAACCUAACCAUCAGUGGAGUAAAAAUGUAACGUUAGAGGGUUAUGCGAACACAAUUACUGCCUGGUUCAACGCAACAUGCUUCCGUACACGCCGCAGGGAAAGGUAAACAUGCUGAAGCCAAUGCAAAAAUGUCUGAUAGGAGAUGCCACUUGUCAUUGUGUUGGCAUAAUGUGGCCGAUCCUAGAUUACUGGAACUCGGAAACAACACGCCGACUUCCCGUGUGAUCAUGUUGCAGAGGCAGCUUUUUUGUUUUUACAAUGACAUUGUAAAAUACUCCAGACAGCACAGUUUUGAUGAGGCAGCUGGAGCAGCUCGCAGGGUUCUGAUUUUUCCUCUUUCCUGUCCUCUCAUCCUUCCUGAUUUUAUCUGCACCCCCCCCCCACUCACCCCCAUCUUUGUUUGAAGAGUGGAGGAGUGGAUUCAGUAUCACUCUCUAUGAAGCUUGUAUAUUAAACAGAUUUUAAAAGAAUUCUUAAUGCAUUAUGAAUUAGGGAUGCACAAUAUAUUAGUGAACGUAUUUGUAUCUGCGAGCAUUACCAAUAUUUAAAGCUGUUUUUCCGGUAAACGUACCCGAAUAUUCGUAAACAGUAAA